GGAGACACCAACACAAACUUAAUCUAUGUAAUAACCUACACAUCUCUCUCUAAAUCCAAUGGCUUAUCAGAUUGAUCAGAAGAUGAUUCACGAUCAAGAACCAAUGGCUGAGAUCAUGCCAAAUGUCAUAACGGCGAUGUCAUCUCUUCUACAAAGGGUGUCGGAGACGAACGACGAUCUGAGCCGUCCGUUCAGGGAGCACAAGAGGAUCUCAGCUUUCAAUGCAGUGACCAAACCUUCUAUAUCAAUCAGAAGCUAUAUGGAGAGGAUAUUCAAGUACGCAGAUUGCAGCGACUCGUGUUACAUAGUCGCGUAUAUAUAUUUGGAUCGGUUCAUACAAAAGCAGCCAUUGUUGCCCAUUGAUUCCUCUAAUGUCCAUAGACUCAUCAUCACCAGCGUCUUGGUCUCUGCUAAGUUCAUGGAUGACUUGUGUUACAAUAAUGCAUUCUAUGCGAAAGUUGGAGGAAUAACCACAGAGGAGAUGAACUUGUUAGAGCUGGACUUCUUAUUUGGAAUUGGAUUCCAAUUGAAUGUGACAAUUUCUACUUAUAAUGACUAUUGUUCUUCACUUCAAAGAGAGAUGGUUAUGAGGACGAUGUACUCUCCACUUUUGGAACCUGCUUUUUUAGUUAGAAGUUUUCAUAAGAAUCUUCUAAAGAAUUUGUACGACGAAGAUCAUCGUAAUAGUCAAGUCACCAGUGCUGUUUGAUACAUUGGAAUACUAGAUCAUCUAACAAAUGGAACCUUUUAACGGAAAUGUAACAAUUUUUUUGAGAACUUCAAAUUGAAUUCCAGUAAUAUGUAACCGAUUUUAAUAAAUGUUUUGGUUUCACUAU